UUUUAUUAAAUUUGUGUGAGUGUUGUUUUUGAUGUGUUAUUGUUAAUUUUGUGUGAAUGUGUGAUACGACGCUUUUUCUGUUUUUUUAAUUACAAUUGAGUUAAAAUACUAGUUUUUCCUGUGUAAGAAGCAAAUAAGACAAUGGGCAAUAUACACACCGUAGGACCUAACGAGGCGCUGAUUGUAUCAGGUGGUUGUUUCGGCUCCAUGCAGAAGCGCAUCGUCGGUGGAUGGGCGUGGGCCUGGUGGCUCGUCACGGAUGUCCAGCGUAUCUCCCUUGAGGUUAUGACCCUAAACCCCAUGUGUGAAUACGUGGAAACGGCCCAGGGAGUGCCGCUCACGGUCACCGGAGUGGCCCAAUGCAAGAUCAUGAACGAAGACGAGCUGCUGACAACGGCCUGCGAACAGUUCCUGGGCAAGUCGGUGAAGGAGAUCAAGAUGACGGUCCUGCAAACGCUGGAAGGCCAUUUGAGAGCUAUAUUGGGAACGCUUACAGUAGAAGAGGUGUACAAAGACCGAGAUCAGUUCGCGGGUCUUGUGCGCGAGGUUGCGGCGCCGGACGUCGGACGGAUGGGCAUCGAGAUCCUCUCGUUCACGAUCAAGGACGUAUACGAUGACGUGCAGUACCUAGCCAGCUUGGGGAAGGCGCAGACGGCGGCCGUGAAGCGAGAUGCCGAUGUGGGUGUGGCGCAGGCCAAUAGAGACGCUGGUAUACGGGAAGCUGAAUGUGAAAAGAACUCGAUGGACGUGAAAUACGCGAUGGACACGAGGAUUGAAGACAACGCGCGGAUGUUCAAGCUGCAGAAGGCACAUUUCGACCAAGAAGUCAAUACUGCUAAAGCCGAAGCUGCGCUAGCCUAUGAGUUGCAAGCCGCGAAAAUUAAACAGAAAAUACGAAACGAAGAAAUACAGAUCGAGGUUGUGGAGCGUAGGAAACAGAUUGAGGUAGAACAACAGGAGAUUAUGCGUCGUGAGGAAGAACUGAAAUCAACGGUUCGUCUGCCUGCUGAGGCUGAGGCCUACCGUCUGCAAGCUAUUGCUGAGGGCAAACGUACACAAACGGUAGAAGCAGCCAAAGCAGACGCGGAGAGGAUCAAAGUGCUCGGUCUGGCCGAAGCCGCGGCUAUCGGCGAUGUGGGCAAGGCGGACGCGGAGCGCAUGCUCGCUAAGGCGAAGGUGUACAAGCAGUAUGGGGAGGCAGCUAUCAUGGCACUGGUGUUGGAGGCUUUGCCUAAGAUCGCAGCAGAAGUAUCCGCGCCCCUAGCCAAAACGGACGAGAUAGUGCUAGUGGGGGAUAACGGUGCGACGGGCGAAGUGGCCCGGCUGGCCGGCGGCAUCCCGCCCGCCGUGCGCUCGCUCACCGGCCUCGACCUCAACCAGGUGCUGCAGCGCCUGCACCCGCGCACAGAAGAGUCUCCACUCUCUGCUGCCAGUAAGAAGAAAGAAGUGACAGCUUGCUAAAUUAUUAAUUUUAAUAAUUUAUUACACUCGAAUGUAAUGCAAUGCACAAUAUUGUUUAUUAUUUUAUGUUUACGAUGUGUUUAUUUUAUUUUAUUCAGAGGUAUAUUCGAGUACAAAAUACUCCAGCACAAUAUAAUUAAUAUAUUUUUUAAUUGUAACACGUAUCCACCGAUAUUUUAUUUAGUGACUAUAAAUAGGUUUGACCAAAGUUUAACUUUGCAGUAUUUGAUUGCCCCAUUCGUUCAGAAAUAUAAGGUUUUCAUAGAAAAUCCAAUGCUUACGUCUCGGAGACUUGAUAUUUUGGCAUAAUAUUUUAUUUUUAUUUAAUAAAGUAAGACAUGCGUUACCACACUAAGAAGUAUUUUUAUACGAACAAAGUAUAGAUAGAGUGUACCACUAAGAUUAUAUCUCAUUUUUCUAUUUAUAUUUGUCGGAAUUUCUAGAUGUAGUCACGUAAAUGUAGAUUUUGUACUUGUAUCAAAUGGUGUUCUACGCAAAACACUGCCUUUUAGGUGUAACUCGUAACAUUAGUUACGGAAUUCGAUUUCAAAAUUGUGUUCAAUAUAACGUGGUUGGGGAUAACACAUUUUUCAAAAA